AUGUGCUACAAAGACGGACCGGAGUUACCUCUAUUAAAUUUCACAACAAACUGUAUAAGAUAUGGUCGAUAUGUCAUCUACUACAACGAAAGACUGAGUGGAGUGACGUAUCCAGAGGGAUAUGAAUCCAUGUCCUACAUUCAGUUAUGUGAAGUGGUAGUGGAAGCUUGCCCUAAUGGAUCAUACGGUCACGAAUGUAAAUCCAAAUGCUCAGGACAUUGCAAAGAUCGAACUCCAUGUAACCACGUGACGGGUGAAUGUGCCAGAGGCUGUAAUGUGGGAUGGACUGGGACUUUAUGCAAUAAACCUUGUGAUGCUGGACGUUUUGGCGUUAACUGUACUUCCUACUGCAGUGGACAUUGUUUAAAUGACGAAUCAUGUAACAAAGAAACUGGGCACUGUGACUUGGGAUGUAGCGGUGGAUAUAUUGGGGAUUUGUGUAACAUAGAAUGUACACCUGGGUGGUUUGGAAAAGAAUGCAAAUACCGCUGUAGUGGACACUGUGCUGAGGAUGAAAGUUGUAAUCACGUAGACGGGAUUUGUUCUCGUGGAUGUAAAGACGGUUAUAUUGGACAUAACUGCACCACAGCAUGUACGGUCAACCGCUAUGGUAAAAAUUGCACCAGUGUCUGUUCCUCAAAAUGCACUAGUACAUGUGCACAUACUGACGGUUCUUGUGAGUGCAGUUCUGGUUGGAUGGGUUCUCCGCAUUGCAACAAAAAUUUAACGGUAGCUGUACUGCAGGAUGCAAAGAACCGUUUCUUGGAGAAAUGUGUAUUCAAAGCCAAAAAGGAUCAGCGUCGGAAAUUUCAGCAACAACCUGUUUCCCAUGGAUAUGGAUAG